ACCACUCGAAUCAAUCAAGAUGAAUUGCACGUCACCCGCGCGCGGUGGGGUUUUCCCCCCUUCCAGCCUCUCCGGCUUCUUCUUCCUCCUCCUCCUCUUCCUCUUCUCCUUCUUCUCCUCCAGCUUCUUCUCCUCCUCCAGCUUCUUCUUCUUCUCCUCCGGGGCUGCUCCUACUGCCGCCCCCUCUGUCUCCGGGGCCAGAGAGAUAGAUGGGGCUCCUUCCUGAGCUCCCGGCCGCUGGGCUCUCCUGCUGUGGCUGCUCCUUGGGCUGCUGCUCCUGCCCGGGUCCUUGCGGUUGCUGCUCUUUGCUCGCGGUCGCCCAGAGGCGGCGGCAGGAGAAGGAGGAAGAAGAGGAGGAGGAGGAAGAAGAAGAAGAAGAGGAGGAAGAGGAGAAGACAUGAGUGACUUUGACGACUGCGGCAGCAGCAGCCACGGGGCUUCCAGCAUGUACCUCCCCGGCUGUGCCCCCACCGCCUACUAUGUGUCCCCCUCGGAUUUCCCCAGCAAGCCCUCAUUCCUGUCCCAGUCGCCCUCCUGUCAGAUGGCCUUCCCCUACGCCUCCAACCUGCCUCCCCAUGUGCAACCGGUGCGCGAAGUGGCGGCGUUCAGGGACUACGCCGGAGGCAGCGCUGGAGGAGUCGGAGGAGGCGAAGGCGCAAGGGAAGGCGGCGGAGGAGGAGGUAAGUGGCCCUAUCGGGGCUCUUACGGGCCCAGCAGUUUCUACGAGGAGGUGAUGCACGGCCGGGAGUUCCUGCCGCCGGCCAGCCGGAGGAUGGACAUGCUUUUCAAGGCCGACCCGGGGGUCUGCGGCGCCCACCACCACCACCAUCACCAUCACCACCAUGCCGCUGUCGCAGCCGCUGCAGCCGCUGCUGCCGCGGCGGCCAACAACUUCUACAGCGCGGUGGGCAGAAACGGGAUCCUCCCUCAGGGCUUCGACCAGUUUUACGAGGCGGCGGCCCAAGAAAGGGGGACUCCCUACCCGGAGCAAGAGGAGCCCCCCGAGGGGGAGAAGAAGGGAGAGCCCCAGGCCUCGGGCGGCAACCCUCCCUGCGGCAAAACCUCCCCUUCUCCUCCAUUGCCCAGCCAGGAGAAGAAAGGGGCAAGCCAGGGGGGCAACACGGCGUCGCCGCCUUCCGAGGAGGCCGAGAAGAAGACCCACGGAUCAGCUCUUCCCCAGCGAUCUCGGAAAAAGAGGUGCCCUUACACCAAAUACCAGAUCAGAGAACUGGAGCGGGAGUUUUUCUUCAACGUGUACAUCAACAAAGAGAAAAGACUCCAGUUGUCUAGGAUGCUGAACCUCACGGAUCGACAAGUUAAAAUAUGGUUCCAAAAUCGAAGAAUGAAAGAAAAGAAACUGAACAGAGACCGACUGCAGUAUUUCACGGGGAACCCCUUGUUUUGAGGGGGAACAACGGGGAUGGGGUGGGAGAAAAGAGAGAAGGGGAAACCUCCCUUUCGGCCCAGCCUGGCAUCUGAGCCCAAACGUCAGGAGGCUUAUGGGACACCCGCCCUGAGGACAUCACAGGUUUCCCAUGGUUUUCAUGGACAGCAGCGACUCUUGUUUCUUCCCAACAGCCCUUGCCUGCUUCCCAGGAGAUCGCAUGGGUUUGGUGGCGGAGCAGAAUUCCCCUGCAAAGGGGAAACGGGGUAAAUCCAAUACUCCCUUCUAAUGUUGUCAUGUGUGUCGUUGUUGUCCCCCCCCCCUUUAAACUGAACAACCACCCCUGGUUUUAAUUCCUCUUCCCAUCCCUUCAUGAUCGAGAAAAGUGGGUCUCAAAUUGUUCAAAAGGAAGGGCGUCAGUGGACAUUGAGGUGACCUUUCCUUUCUGUUGGCUUUUCUGGGGUGGAGAAACGGCGGUGGUGAUGUACACUGGAUAUGUAUAUCCUAUACACCGGUAAAGAUAUAUCUCUGGUUUCUAUGGCCAUUAUAAAAAAAGCAUGGGACGAUGUCUUGUUCACGAGAAUAAAUGGAUGGUAGUAACGUUGGAAGGUGCUAUCUUUGGUGUGUGUUAUCUGCAGUGCCAUCUCUCAGGGAGCUCAGCCUUGUGCCAAAGUGGAAUGGAUUCAUAGGGAAGAAGGUGGCCCAACCUCCCCAUCCCAUUAUCCCCCUCCCCACCUUUCCCAGGACAACCCCAUUAUUCCUUAUUCCUUCAAUCGAAAAAACCCUACAGAGGAGUCAACUCUAUGCUGCAGUCCUAGCCAGGUGAUUUUUUUAGGAUAGAUUCAACAUGGCUGCCUGGAGACCACCAGUACUGAGGAUGGAGGGGAUGGGAAGACUCCCCGUCCUCUAUUUAAAAAGGAAGGCUAGGAUCCUUAACAAAUUAGACACCUUUAAGUCCCACUGUCAACCUAGGACUUAAGCCUAUGCUUAACUCUAUCCUGUCGCAAUCAGUGCGAAAAGUAUUUGACCCCAGCUCCAGAUACGACUCAUAAAAGUGAUCUUUCGAAUAGAUCCAACCAGAUGAUUAAAAAAAAAAUCCCAGUGUAAUGUAGACUAUGAUUGAUCCGAGGGAACCAUCUGAGGACUUCUUCUAGUUCAGAAAUGGUAAAAUGUUCCACUCCAAAACUUAUCUAGGGGCACAUGGGUGGAAUUAAAGUAAAGAGAUACAGCGUUUCAUGAGACAUCUCUUCCUCUUCCAUAUGAUGUAAAUAAACAAGUCAAUGGAAGAAGGACUCGUUAUCCACUCAGUUACUUUUUUCUUCCCCUAGAAUAAGAAUUUGGUGCAGAAACUUCACUUUAUGUUGCACGCUGUUUACAAAACCUUGAACUGUCUAGACAACACCAUAAAAGCUCAGGGUCUAAACAGCUUAAUUGGGUUAUAUUGUACACCUUCGGGUGGGCCAAAAAGAGAUUUCCGCAAUGUGCAAUAAAGGGGACGAGUGAGAAAAGAAUUUGGCUUUUUUUGGUUUUGUUUUUAAAAAGGGGUGUGUGUGUUUAAAGAUGAAAACGUCGAGGAAGAAGUCGGUCUCGUUCUGUUUGCUUGCAUUAAAGGCCAAAGUGGAGGAUAAAAUGAAGCGAGGGGGAAACGGACAUCAUAAUAAGCCCGAAAACAGGGGAUUGUAGGUAAUUAGUGCCAAAAAUUAAAAUUUGAAACUCUUUAGGAAGAAAAACCUAAGCGUAUGCCUUUGAACUUCCAAAAUGUCAAGGUCAUCACCUUUAACCUUUGUG